AUGAGAACAGAAUGCACUGCAGAUGGACCAAUCAAGACGGAUGACUUACAUCAUUUGAGAGAAGGCGAGAUUUUCGUGGAUUCCGAGAGCGGCAAAAAAUUUCGAGUGCGGAAAACUGCUUUACCACAGCAUUCAAUUGGAGGACCACAUGGAGUUGGAGAUCCAAAUGACCGGUCGUUGCGUCGACUGGAAGCAGAUGUUUUAAUACCGGAUCGCAUGAACGAACGGAUACAAAAAGUUGAAUGUCGCGAAUUGCUUGAAGGUUUGACGCGAUGUCUUAGAAAAAAAGGCAGCCUUAUUGGUAUGAGAAAAUGUCAGAAAGAGUUGGGGCAAUACGAAGAAUGUCAGCUUGCGAAGUUUAACGAUCCAUGGUUCCGUCAAAAAAUCACUGAUGAAUAUAUCAAAGAGCGAGCAGAAUAUCGUCGAACGGGAAAAAAUGUAAUGGAAAAAAAGUGGGAAGAAUAUUGCCGAUAUAAGAAGGAACGGGGUGAUUGGACUGAUCUCAGUAUAACAAAUAAGGUAUCUAAUGAGAGCUCUUAA